CUUCGCAGCGCCUGCCGUAACAAUAUGGCAGCAGCCGCUAUUGGUAGGGACGCGGUGUGAGCGGCGGCGGCAGCAGCAGCGGCGGCUCCGGCUCCUUCUCCCCGUGUGCGCCCUUCCCCAGCGCCCCCUUCCCCGCGGCCGGCUCGGGGGCAGGGCGGAGCCAUGGCAGACAACAACCGGAGGAGAGAGUCAAAUGAAAAAAUUCAUCAGCAAGGAGAGGUCCUGGGACGGCGGAUGGUGGAAGGGAAGGUCUCAAGAGGAGGAGGGGUCCCGGGACGGCUACAGAUUUGUGUAUGUCCAGUUCCUGGGGCCAGCUCCAAUGCUGGUGCAAGGAAAAGGGUAUAAAUCUGUGGAAACUAUACAUAAUCAGCAUCCAUGCCAAUAGGAGAUCUGUCUUGAGGAUGGGUGGAUGCCUUGCCAACUGGGCAGACAGCUUACAGUCUACGUAGACAAGACAGACAGAGGGUGGGAAGGGAGACAGACUCGGUGAGGUGACUUGCCCAACAUCACACAGCAGCUUCCUGUCUGAACAGUCAUCUGCUUGAUGAGCACCUGAUCUUGAGAGACAUGUAUUGCCUUGAUAAGCCAUGCUGUAUUUGAUGUUAUCUACAUAAUUGUUGCUGUUGGACCUUCUGCAUCUGUUACCUGGAGCAGCACACUAUAUGAUUGCAAGACAGGAUGAUCAAUUAAGGUCUUUCCUUUCGUGCAGAAUAGGUUUUUGGCAUAUAUUCAUAGACUCUGACGAGACAAUAAUGGAGGCGCUGAGUGGCAGGUGCUGACAGAUUCUGUGGUUCCAGUAACUGUUCAUUUUGAUAUCAUUUGCAAUUCUAUAUAUCUAAAUGCCACAGUUCUCUUGGGGAAAGUUGCAUUGGCUACCAAUAUUGCCUUGUAAGACCUUAAAACCAUGGGAAACGCGGAAAGCCAAAAUGUAGAGCAUGCAUUGUAUGGAGACAAGCACGCCAGCCUGGGACGGAAGCACACAUCACGCUCACUUCGCCUUUCAAAUAAAACUUCUCGACGGACCAGGCAUGCUUCUUCAGGGAAGGUUAUCCACAGGAACUCAGAAGUGAGCACCCGAUCUAGCAGUACUCCUAGCAUCCCCCAGUCACUGGCAGAAAAUGGCCUGGAGCCUUUUAACCAAGAAGCCAAUUUAGAGGACUUUGGAAGCCCCAUUUGGGUGGACAGAGUGGAUAUGGGCUUAAGGCCUGUUUCUUACCACACCGAUUCUUCUGUUACUCCUAGUGUGGACAGCAGCACAGUUCUCACGGCAGCCUCAGUGCAGAGCAUGCCAGACACAGAAGAAAGCAGACUUUAUGGGGAUGACACUACAUUUUUGGCCGAAGAUGGCAGACAGCAUCGAUAUUCAACAAACGGGACAACUUUCAUGGAAACUGCAAGCUUCAAGAAAAAGCGUUCGAAAUCUGCAGAUAUCUGGCGGGAGGAUAGCUUGGAAUUUUCGCUCUCUGACCUCAGCCAAGAACAUUUAACAAGCAAUGAAGAAAUCUUAGGUUCAGCUGAGGAGAAGGAUGGUGAGGGGAUGCGAGGCACAGAAGCAAGCAACAGUCCCCAGCAGCUGGUCACCUGCCAACGUGCCAAUUCUAUGAGUGACUUGUAUUCUCCCAAGAACUCAGGUGCUACAAUAAAUGGAGGCCCACGAAAUACCUUUGGGGCUUAUUGUCGGAACUUAGUGUCUGAUAUUCCAGAUAUUGGAAACCAUAAGAUGGUGUCAGCUACAGCAGAGGAUACUCCUUCCUACAGUAAUUACAAUACACUCCCCUGUAGAAAAUCUCAUUGCCUUUCAGAAGGUGCCACCAACUUACAAAUCAGCCACAGCAAUAGCAUGCAAGGCCGAAGGGCAAAAACUGCUCAGGAUGUGAAUGCAGGUGAAGGGAGUGAAUUUGCUGACAGUGGAAUCGAGGGCGCAACCAUCGAUACAGACCUUCUCUCCAGACGUUCAAAUGCUACAAACUCUAGCUAUUCUCCAACGGCUAGUCGAGCUUUCAUUGGCAGCGACAGCGGCAGCAGCUCUACGGGAGAUGGGGUCCGUCAGGGAGUGUAUGAGAACUUCCGAAGGGAGCUGGAAAUGAGUACCACCAACAGCGAGAACUUGGAAGAAGCUGGUUCAACCCUGAGUGAUGAGCAAAGCAGUGGUACCUUGAGUUCUCCAGGGCAGUCUGACAUCCUCCUUACAGCUGGCCAGGGCACUGUACGGAAGGCUGGGGCUCUUGCAGUGAAAAAUUUUCUGGUGCACAAAAAGAAUAAGAAAGUGGAGUCAGCAACACGCAGAAAAUGGAAACACUAUUGGGUUUCCUUAAAAGGAUGUACAUUAUUCUUCUAUGAGACUGAUGGCAGAUCUGGAAUAGACCACAACAGCAUCCCAAAGCACGCUGUCUGGGUGGAAAACAGUAUAGUGCAAGCAGUGCCUGAGCACCCAAAGAAAGACUUUGUUUUCUGCCUCAGUAAUUCCCUUGGGGAUGCAUUUCUCUUUCAGACCUCUAGCCAGACCGAACUAGAGAAUUGGAUCACUGCAAUCCAUUCUGCUUGCGCAACCGCGGUAGCAAGACAACAUCACAAAGAGGACACGGUCAAACUGUUGAAAACUGAAAUAAAAAAGCUGGAACAGAAGAUCGAUAUGGAUGAGAAAAUGAAGAAAAUGGGUGAAAUGCAGCUGUCCUCGGUAACGGACUCCAAGAAGAAGAAGACCAUACUCGAUCAGAUCUUUGUUUGGGAACAGAACCUUGAACAGUUCCAAAUGGACCUAUUUCGGUAUCGCUGUUAUUUAGCUAGCCUUCAAGGAGGAGAGCUGCCAAACCCAAAAAGGCUACUUGCUUUCGCAAGUCGUCCAACUAAAGUUGCAAUGGGCCGUCUUGGAAUCUUUUCAGUAUCUUCUUUUCAUGCACUGGUGGCAGCUCGCACUGGGGAGGCCGGAGUCAGAAGAAGAACACAGGCCAUGUCCAGAUCCGCCAGCAAACGGAGAAGCAGGUUUUCUUCUCUUUGGGGACUGGAUACUACCUCAAAGAAAAAACAAGGGAGGCCAAGCAUUAACCAGGUCUUUGGUGAAGGAGUUGAUUCCGUGAAGAAGUCUUUAGAAGGAAUCUUUGAUGAUACAGUACCAGAUGGCAAGAGGGAAAAAGAAGUGGCACUGACCAGCACCCAUCAGCAUAAUCCUGAUUGUGAUAUUUGGGUUCAUGAGUAUUUUACGCCAUCUUGGUUCUGCCUGCCAAAUAACCAGCCUGCUUUGACAGUCAUCCAUCCAGGUGACACCACAAGAGAUGUCUUGGAAAUGAUUUGUAAGACAUAUCAGCUGGAUCAUUCCGCUCACUUUCUGCGUCUUAAGUUCCUGAUAGAAAACCAGAUGCAAUUUUAUGUACCAAAGCCAGAAGAGGACAUCUAUGAAUUGUUAUACAAAGAAAUUGAAAUCUGUCAAAAAAUUACACAGCACAUUCAGAUUGAGAAGUCCGAUACAGCCUCUGAUUUUUAUGGCUUUUCUCUCUCUUCUGUGGAAGAAGAAGGUUUUCGUCGGCUUUAUGUGAACCGUGUAAAAGAGACGGGUCUGGCUUUCAAGAAAGGUCAAUGUGAAGCAGGCCUUAAAGCUGGUGAUGAAAUUGUUGAGAUUAACAAAAGAGGAGCUGAAGACCUGGACUCAACCAUGCUGAAAGAUGCCCUUGUUCAGCCUUCACUGUGCCUUACAGUGCGUACUUAUCCAGAGAUAGAGGGGGGGCAGAAGUUAAUGCAACCACCCCCACGUCGCAUGGAAAAUCUGUCUGACUUGAGUGACAGUGCACUGAUGUAUAGCGGCAGUAACCAAGGGCACACGCUUUUCAAUGAACAAGACAGCUGUGCUGAGGCAGCUGCAGAAGAAGCAGAAGUGCCUGAUUUGGAGUCCUCUGAUGAGACAGAUAGGAUGAGCAAGAGUACAGAACAAGUUGCUGCAUUUUGUCGCAGUCUACAUGAGAUGAAUCCUUCUGAUUCAAGUUUGCAUCCUCAAGAAUUUACGGGACCUCAGCUAUCCACCAUGAGACAACUUACAGAUGCUGAUAAACUGCGCAAGGUUAUUUGUGAAUUGCUUGAAACAGAACGCACCUAUGUCAAAGACUUAAACUGUCUAAUGGAAAGAUACCUGAAACCUCUACAAAAAGAAACUUUCCUCACUCAAGAUGAGCUCGAUGUUCUCUUUGGGAAUUUGACUGAAAUGGUAGCAUUCCAGGUGGAGUUCCUGAAAACUCUUGAAGAUGGAGUGAGGCUGGUGCCAGACCUGGAAAAGCUUGAAAAAGUUGACCAAUUUAAGAAAGUGUUGUUUUCCUUGGGUGGAUCCUUUCUUUACUAUGCUGACCGUUUCAAGCUGUACAGUGCCUUCUGUGCCAGCCACACUAAAGUUCCAAAAGUAUUAGUAAAAGCUAAGACAGACACUGCUUUUAAGGCAUUUUUGGAUGCUCAGAAUCCUAGACGGCAACACUCCUCAACACUGGAGUCUUACCUUAUCAAACCUAUCCAGCGGAUACUAAAGUACCCUCUCCUGCUGAGGGAACUCUUCGCUCUGACUGAUGCAGACAGUGAAGAACACUAUCACCUUGAUGUGGCCAUAAAAACAAUGAACAAAGUUGCCAGCCAUAUUAAUGAAAUGCAGAAAAUACAUGAAGAGUAUGGUGCAGUGUUUGAUCAACUCAUAGCAGAACAGACAGGGGAAAAAAAAGAGGUGGAACCUCACCAUGGAAGGUUGGUGAGACUAAGGUAUGAAAUGAGGAUUCAACAAAGCAGAGAAGGGGGACUAGAGCAGCAGCCUGCGGAAAUGGUUGCAGACCUUUCCAUGGGAGACUUACUUUUGCAUAGUACAGUGAUCUGGCUUAACCCUCCUGCAUCACUGGGGAAAUGGAAGAAGGAACCUGAGUUAGCAGCAUUUGUGUUCAAAACUGCCGUUGUCCUUGUAUACAAAGAUGGUUCCAAACAGAAGAAGAAACUUGGAGGAUCACAUAGGGUUUCAAUUUACGAAGACUGGGACCCAUUCCGUUUUCGUCACAUGAUUCCCUUAGAAGCUCUGCAGGUUCGCGCACUGGCAAGUGCAGAUGCAGAGACCAAUUCUGUGUGUGAGAUUGUUCAUGUUAAAUCUGAGUCUGAAGGCAGACCAGAGAGAACAUUCCACCUCUGCUGUAGUUCCCCAGACCACAGGAAGGAUUUUCUGAAGGCUGUGCACUCCAUUCUACGUGAUAAGCACAGAAGGCAGCUUCUUAAAACUGAAAGUCUGCCCUCAUCCCAACAAUAUGUUCCUUUUGGAGGGAAAAGACUGUGUGCUCUAAAAGGUGCAAGGCCAGCAAUGAACAGGGCAGUGUCUGCCCCAAGCAAGUCUCUUGGGAGGAGGAGGCGGCGGCUGGCCCGAAACAGGUUUACCAUUGACUCGGAUGCUGUCUUCGAAAGCAGCCCUGAAAAAGAGUCCCAGCAGCCCACAGCCAGUGGGGACACUGACCGCUGGGUAGAGGAACAGUUUGACCUUGCUCAGUACGAGGAGCAGGAGGACAUCAAAGAAACGGACAUCCUCAGCGAUGAUGAUGAGUACUGUGAGUCUACGAAAAGCACCACAGUUGACAGAGAACUUCAGGAGCAGUUGCAGGCUGCUUCCAUUACAAGCAGCCAGUCACGUCGGGCAGAGAAAGCACGGCAUGCAAUGGGCACGCAUGCUGCCAGAAUGACUCAGUUGAAGAAGCAAGCUGCACUGUCUGGAAUCAAUGGCGGGGUGGAAAGUAAUAAUGAAGAAGUCAUCUGGGUUAGGCGUGAAGACUUUGUACCUAGUAGAAAACUGAACACUGAGCUCUAAACCUGUCACUUUCUCAUUAGAUGGCCUGUGUAGAUAUCUCCCCCCCCCCCCCGGCCCCAAUACAUGCUGUGGAGCAUGAUCCCUUAGCUUGGAGACACAGUUUUGGCAGCUGAACCACUCUGAAGCUGUGCAGCCACAUUUUAGGAACUUUAAAAGGGGGGCGGGGAGUGUAAAAUUUGAAAUAAGCUGGAGUCCUAUCUGUAUAUUACUAAGGGCUUUUAAACUUUUAUUUAUUCUAAAAUGGGAUACAUAAUAUCACUGGAGAACAAGUAACUGUCGGCAUCUUAUGUUUGUGCAACUUAAGUGAUAGCACAAUGAACAAAGAGGUUUUUGUAUCUGUGAAAUGUCAAUCAGAGGCUCAUCUCCUUAAUGAGGAAACUGCCUUUCUAAUCUGUACAGCUGCGGUGUUCUUAAUCUUUUCCCUCUUAAAAGACUAUACAUGUAUUUUAGGAGUGUGUGAGGAAAGGUUUGAGAUUUAUGUUGUGCUGCGUUCUCUUGGUGUGUCUGCUCUAAUUUAUUUUCAGUGUUGGAAGCUCUAAUUUUACAUAAAAUUUUAUAAAGUUGCCAAACUCUUGAAAGAGAUCCAAAUUUAACACUUGAAAUUUUUUUUGUACUUUUUACCUGAGAUGCAGAGGCACAAAUGGAUAAGAAUGUUAGUGUUACUUAGGAGAUGAGGCUAGCCCUUUUUGCAGAGGGUUCAGUAGGCUAGUUUUUAUAUUUACAUUAAAAUAUCAACUGGAAACUCCUGCUUAGGGAUAACUGGAAUUUAGUUAUGUUACAAAUAAUGUGACAAUUACAAAGAGGGCUAAAUUAAUCCAUGACUUCAGUGGAGUCAUAUCAGGGAUGAAUUUGGUCCAUUAUGACUGACAACAUUUGGGUUUAGGGGAGGGGGGGGAUUUAUGGCCAAAAAACUGACCUCAUCCAACUCUUAGUGUGGAUGAAACUAGUGUAUAUAUAAAAUCCUUUGUAAAGGCUUUUCCACUGCAAUACACUAUGAACAAAGUUCUAAAUAAGCAAACCUCUCAAACCUUUUUAUUUAAGUAUCUAAAACAGGGUAAAAAAUCUAGUGUUUUAUAAGUAGGCUUCCAAAUAUUAAAAAAAAAGAAAAUAUAGCACUUUUAAUUUUUUUAGAUUUAUAUAGCAUUCCCAUUUCACUUUCCACCUAAAAAAGAGGAAGAUAAUGACAUUUUCUUUGUAUCUAUUGAUGUUUGAUACAUGAGUAGAUACUUUGAAACCUGGUAUUUUAUAAGUAGCUUUAGGACUAUAUUUUAUAAGAUCAGCUGUGACUAUAUUUUGAAACGUAACAAAUUGUUCCCCCCAAAAACAUCAGAUGUCUUGUGUCCCAGCCAGCAUUUGCGCCCCCCACCCCCCGCCACCAGCUGGUUACCAGUGCACUAUACUUAGUCUUUUGAAAGUUUUCUUGUAUCUGCUUUUGCUAUCUUCUGACUUGUCUUUUCUUUUCCUAAAAGCUUUAGAAAGAUUUCUAUACCCUUUUAUCAUCACUUCAUUGUUCUAUACCAUCUAAAGUCCAUUGUGUCCCAAUUUAGUAGAAAAGCAGAGGUUUUAGCUGUCCUACUGGAAUACAGUCAGUUGGGAAAGACUGGAAAGUCUGGUGCUUGGGAGGGUGCCAUUGUUCUUGUACAUAAUGUCAUGACAUGUCUAUGUCAAAGGUUCUUGUAUAUUUCUUUUAUAAGCUGAAAGAAGGUCUAUUUUUAUGUUUUUAGGUCUAUGAAUGGAACGUUGUAAAUGCCUGUCAAACAAUAAAAUACUGAAAACAUCUGAA